CUUUCGUAGGCAGUGCCGUGAGUGAUGAGUAUGUUAUAUUACUUUUUAGUACCCUCAAACAAAAAGCUUUUUGUUUUUACUUCUAUUUAGGUAGUUAAAAAAUUAAACACCACCAUGUCGCAGCCACAACGCAGGUCUAGAAAAACAAGAUUAGUGCCACGAUGUACAGAAGGAGGAGAGCCUGAGAUUGAGGAAGUCAUCGAAGAGAAGAAACGGCAAAUAAGAAUUAUGAAUACAAAGAGUUUGUCGUCACCCCGGCCAUCGACGUCGCAGCCAGCGAAGAAGAAUGAAUCUUUACAGUUUAAAGUUGAUAUAGAAGUCGAGGAAUGGAUAGAUGAUGAACUCUUUAUCGAGGAAAACUUCGCUAAAAUGCAAUCAGAGAAGCUGUCAGAGGCAUUAGAGAAGGAAAUUAAAGAAGAAGUCGACUGGACUAAAGAUGAAUACGGCAAGUUUUGGGCAGACGCGGCCAGUGACGAAGAAGUUGAGGACAGACCUCUAAAUGAGUAUGAAAAGAUAAUCAAAAACCAGGUUGACCCAAGACUGAUAGUAGGCCCUUCGAAAGCUGAACCUGAACCGAAAAAAGCUAAAUUAGAUAAUAAAAAAUCUAAUAAAGGAGAUCAGAAUAAACCAACACCAAUUCCUAACAUUCCCAAACCGAAUUUGAGAGUUAAAUAUGUCAAACCUGCCAAAAAGACAGACAAACAGAAAAAGAAUGAACCAGUGAAACAUGUGUCAAAUGUUAAUUUGCAACCGAAAUUAAAAAUCAACAUCGUUUUUGAUGACCCUGUGCCCGAAAAGCCUGUGGAUGUAGAUAAAUCAAGUAAAAAGAAACCAGUGAGAGCUGAUGCAUUGACUCCAAAAACAACAAAAUUGACUCCAAAAACAACAACAUUGACUCCAAAAGAUAUAAGACCAAUAUAUAUAAUUGGUGAUAAAGCUGUCCCAAAAGCUAUAGCCGACAAAAAUACAGAUUGUACAGAGAAAACUAAAGCUACAACCUCACAUGUUGAAAAUGAUGAGGAAUUUGAAAAUGUUGAGGAAUUACUUGCAAGACCAAUUUAUUUCAUUGAAGUGAACAAGGCAGCCGAGAAAAUCAACAAAUCCCAACUCCGCAAUAUGGCUUAUAAAUCUGUUUUGAAAAAAACAAUCAAUGAUGAUCAUAUACUUGAACACAUUGUGGUCAAUGAAGAUGAAAUCCUAUCUGUAGCAGAUGGUUUAGCCCAACAAGAUGAUGAAGUGGCAAAACUGUUAAAUAUUGAGUUACGGAAUAGACUAGGUAGUGCCAGAUUUGAGACUUUGGAAAUAUCCAGAGAGGAUGCCUUAGUGGAUUAUGCUUUCCGUCAAUGGUUCGCUUAUCAGGGAUCGGCUAAAGCCAGGACUGUUCCAUUACUAUACAAAUGUUAUAUAUGUAACGAUGGUUGGUGGCACUUGGAACCGUUCCGGAACCAUAUAAAGAAGCAUACGUAUGUGGUAGUUGCGCUAGAAAAGCAUAACCAGGAAUGUAGUAUAAUAGCUCACGAUGCGAAACCAUUUAAAUUCAGGAUGUUUCCUAUUGACAACGAAUGCUGGAGGUGUGGUAAAAGCUAUGCUUUUCAUGUUGGACUGGAUCAAACUGCAUACAAGUGUCCAGCUUGUGACAGUUCGUUGUACACAUGUUUAGGGCUCAAAGAACACAUGGGUGUAUGUCUCAGUGUAUGGAAAAAGCAAAUGACAUUGCAAGCAACGAAAGAUAUAAAGGCAUACAAAUGCAAGAUUUGUCCGCAGAUAUUCUUCGAAGAAGCCGCACUACACAAACACCAGUAUCAAUAUCACGUGCCACGUUCGGAUUAUCCUAUGUUGGUGUCAGUGCGUCAGUGUUCGUAUUGCAAUCAAAACUAUUUGCUAUAUACGUUCCACUACUGCCGUCGGACCAAUCUACAGAGACACAUAUGCAAAUUCUGUAUGAGGCAUUUUCCAUCGGGGACCGCAUUGAAUUUACAUUUGGAGGAUACAAAUAGGGUGUCGAAAUUGAAUGUGAAGUGUAAAUUUUGUAAUGAGGUAGUGGAGAGGGACUGUUAUAUGAUGGAGCAUGUGUUGAAGCACACGGACAAGUUUGUGUUGGUGUAUAAAUGCUUGGCUUGCCCGAGUAAUGUGCUGCUAGAGAAUUUUGUGAUGGUGCAGCGGCACGUAGCGCUAGUACACAAGGCGUCGAAACUGGCGUGGCGAUGUGCAAAGAUGAUUAUUCCAACAAGUUUGUACAAGGACCACAAGCGUGUAAUAGAAUACAAGUCAAACAAUACAACAGAUAAAAAGAAAAGGAUUCGCAAAUCUUCCACUACGGACGACCCAAAUGAUAGUGAAGAUGGAGCAGAGGUUAUAACAAGUACAGAUAAUCAAGACCCAAAUGCAACUGGACCAAGUAAUGAUUAUAAUGACGAUAAAAAUGGUGAUACACGAGAUGAUGAAGACUCAGCUUCAGAUGUAGAAUUUAUAAUACCAGAAAUUGCAACAGAAACUCUAGAAUUGGAAGCAGAAGAUACACCAGAAACUUUAAAACUGGACUCAGUAGCAGAAGAUAAAAUAAAAGCUCCAAAACCGGACUCAGUAGCAGAAGAUACAAUAAAAGCUCCAAAACCGGACUCAGUAGCAGAAGAUACAAUAAAAGCUCCAAAACCGGACUCAGUAGCAGAAGAUACAAUAAAAGCUCCAAAACCGGACUCAGUAGCAGAAGAUACAAUAAAAGCUCCAAAACUGGACUCAGUAGCAGAUGAUACAACAGAAUCAACAAUUCAAGAAACUACAGAGACAACAGACAUUGAUGUUAAGCCAACGAUAAAAAUCAAAAACGUAUCAGACGAUUGUUGCGAACAAGAAUCACCGAAAGAUACAGAAAUCAAUAUAAAACCAAUACUGCCCGUUUCGGUUGCAUCAAUCAAAAUGGAAGUGGAUGACGUUGGCGCGGCAAUCAACGUGUCAGAACUCUUGGAGUUUGAAGAAAUGCCAGUGAAACAGGAGAUAAAUGAUGUAGGUGAAACCUCGAAGAGCUCAGCGGAACAAUUUUCCGAGCAGAUCCAGAAUUUUCUAGAUUAUGAAGCUACAAGUCAGAAUGGAAUAGAUGACUUGUGUGUAUGUUCUAGUUGCGAUUUUGAAGGCACAUCAAGGGAAUAUAAGGUACAUAUGUGUAAAUCGUUUAAAAACGAACUUGAACAUGAGAAAAGGGAGUGUACGAAAUGCGAAAAGAUAUUUAAUACAAUGAAAGAAUAUGUGAAACAUCUACGCGUUCAUGGAUACACUAUGUGCCGCUGUAAGGAAUGCAAUUUGGAAUUCCCGAGCUUGUCAAGUUGGAUAUUACACAUAAAUUCGCAUAUAAACAGGUCAUUUGCACGUGUUAAGUUGUUGUCAAGUGAUUCGCCAGUGUUUAUCUGUAAAAUUUGUAGGGAUAUAGUGCAUAGGAAUAUGUUUUUCAAGCAUUGGGAGGUGCAUAUACAUCAAGAUAUAAGUGUGGCUGUGCAUUACAAGUCUGAUGGGAUCAUAUCUAGAAAGUUACUCGAAGUCAUUCUUGGUAAAUAAACACAAACAACGCAUUUCAGUUCAUGCAUUCGUGUCGUACGUCGAAAGUGUGGAGCUGGCAUGAGAAGCAGGUUCUUUGCGAUGAGAGUGUAUUCCAUUAUACUCUGUUCCUUGCCAUAGGUUAGCAAAGCUUUACUUCCGUGUAAGAUACGACGGCGCAACAAACUUCAACGCAACCUUUUCUUCGAAGAUGUCAAUUAACGAAUAUGGGUCUAAAAUAUUUGAUAGUAACAUUGUUAUAUGUAUGUUGUUGAGCCCACCGAACACAGAAAAAAUUAAAAAGUGCGAAAAUGAUAAUAUAAGAAGACAUAUUAAGAAUGGAGUUGUUUUAUACAACCGGGAAAUAAGCAUAUGACUUACCUUGAAAAUUGUGGCAAAUUUUUUUAUUACCACCGCCAUCUAGCGUGGAGUAGCUAAACUUCGGUAUCGGACCUUGUAUGCUACAGCAAAAUAAACUCUUUGGUACAUAGUAAAGGCGUAUUUUAGCUUAGCAGUCUGUUUGUUUUGGGCUAUGUUGGGUUGAAGAUAGCAACCAAUCAAUUGUAACAACCAAUCAUUAUACAUUCACAUUUAUUUUGUGCAUUUGUGGAUUGUCUGUAUUGCGUGGUUAAGCCAGAUAGCGAAUCAAAAAUAUUACUAGUUGCAUCCCGCGGUGUGAGCCGUGGUUGUGGUUCAUGAUUCAUUGUAACAAUAAAAAAUAAUAAACGUAAUUAUUAAAAAGAACGUUUUUAAUUUUAUGCCCAGUAGUUGUCUAUCUCUACUUUAUAAACCGUACAUAGAUUUCUUGAACAAAUCCUACGAGAUUCUCGUACGAGAUAUGCGUUAAUCCAAGUGACGACCAAUGUGAAUCUGUACAUGAAAGCAAGGGAUAAAUGAUAAAUGAAUAGAAGGUAUCUGCUGCCCCAAUACCGAAUUUCAUAAAAAUUGGCCCAGCCAUUUAGAGCGUGAAGAAGUAACAAACAUACAAGCUUUGCCUUUAUAAUCACGUUCAUUAGUAUAAAAUGAAGUCGCUCCCUGUUGUCUGUCUAUCCCUAUGUAUGCUUAGAUCUUUAAAAUUAUUUUCCUAAUGUAUUUGUGGCUUUAUGAUAAGCAUGACCUGAUGGUGCAGCCCUUUGGAUAGGCUCCAAACGUGGGAACUCCUCAACCGUUUACAGCACGGACAUGGGUUUUUUGUCAAGUGUCGAAUGCCAUAAGAUCUCUCGUGACGACAAUAAAAGCUUCUGGCAAAAUAUUAAUU